CUGAGUGGGAGGCGGGAUUAGACAGCGCCGAGAGCCCCGCAGGGUCCGGCUCGAGGGACCACCUCUGGGGGCUGAGGGAGGACGGAGGAGGGGCGCAGGCGAUGGUCCCCGCACUGCGCUAUAUCCGCGGUGCCUGCGGCCCGGCCCUCGGAGGUUUCCCCGGGGGGUUCUCCUCCGCAGGCCGGCCGGCGCCGGGGAGGUCCUGGCCGCUGUGCCAAGGUGGCCGCCCAGCUAGCACCCGCUCAUUUGAUGUAGUCGUUAUUGGUGGCGGAAUUGUGGGCCUUGCCUCUGCCAGAGCACUCAUCCUGCGACAUCCAGCACUUUCCAUUGGUGUUCUGGAAAAGGAGAAAGAUUUGGCUAUUCACCAGACUGGACAUAACAGUGGUGUCAUACAUAGUGGAAUUUAUUAUAAACCUGAAUCUCUAAAAGCUAAAUUAUGUGUACAAGGUGCAGCCCUCAUCUAUGAGUAUUGUAAGCAAAAAGGAAUUUCCUACAAGCAAUGUGGUAAGCUUAUAGUAGCUGUUGAACAAGAAGAAAUUCCCAGACUUCAGGCCUUAUAUGAGAGAGGCCGGCAGAAUGGUGUCCAGGGCUUAAGGCUAAUCCAACAGGAGGAUAUAAAAAAGAAGGAGCCAUAUUGUAGGGGUCUAAUGGCUAUUGAUUGUCCAUACACUGGCAUUGUGGACUAUCGGCAGGUGGCUUUGUCAUUUGCCAAGGAUUUCCAAGAAGCAGGUGGCUUUGUCUUGACCAAUUUUGAAGUAAAAGAUAUUGAAUUGGCUAAAGAAAGUCCUUCAAGAAGUAAAGAUGGGAUGAAAUAUCCAAUUGUUAUAAGGAAUACAAAGGGAGAGGAAGUUCAGUGUCAGUAUGUGGUGACAUGUGCAGGACUUUACUCUGACCGUAUUUCAGAGCUGAGUGGCUGUAAUCCUGAUCCUCAAAUUGUGCCAUUCCGAGGAGAUUACCUGAUUUUGAAGCCAGAAAAAUGCUAUCUUGUAAAAGGAAAUAUUUAUCCGGUCCCAGAUAGCCGGUUUCCUUUCCUAGGGGUUCAUUUCACACCAAGGAUGGAUGGCAGUAUUUGGCUAGGGCCUAAUGCAGUUCUUGCCUUUAAACGAGAGGGCUACAGACCCUUUGACUUCAGUGCCAGAGAUAUUAUGGAUGUAAUUAUCAAGAGUGGCUUGAUUAAACUGGUGUUCCAGAAUUUUUCCUACGGAGUUAAUGAAAUGUAUAAAGCCUGUUUUCUCAGUGCAACAGUGAAGCACCUUCAAAAGUUUAUCCCUGAAAUUACUGUCAGUGAUAUACUUAGAGGUCCAGCUGGAGUAAGAGCCCAAGCCCUGGAUAGAGAUGGAAAUCUGAUAGAAGAUUUUGUAUUUGAUGGAGGAGUUGGGGAUAUUGGAAAUCGCAUUCUUCAUGUGAGAAAUGCACCUUCCCCUGCUGCUACUUCUUCUCUUGCAAUUUCUGGAAUGAUUGCAGAUGAAGUGCAACAAAGAUUUAAAUUAUAAAUAAUGUAAGGAGCUAAGUAUGCAUUUUAAUUUCCACAUUCAGCAACAAGAAUAUACUAAUUGUAUUCUUUAAGGAAAAUGAUUUGAAAAUCUUAUUGUUAGGUAUCUCAUUUAGAUAACAACUGAAUUGUUAGAAUGCUGUAACAUAGAAAAAUAAUUUUUUAAAGUCCAUGCUCCUUUGUGAAUAAAGAAGCAAGGUACAGUUGUGUCUGUACUGAAUCCUUGACUGUUAUGGACCUCUCCUCACCAGCCAUGAUCUGGAGAUUUGACUCUUAGAAUUUCUGGAAACGAUGGCACAAAAAAUUGAUUAUUCCCUUAACUUUUUGUCUUUAUAGUAUCUAAGCUUUUUUUUUUUUUUCUCUCCUAGAUCAGAAAAUACAGUAUAUUGUAGGUUGCAAACCUCCUUUUAACUUUGAAGGAUCAAAUGAAAGCUCACAUUAUUUAGAGCAACAGUAUUUGUAUUUGGGAAUUUAAAAUUCUUGAUUUAAAGAAAAUUUAUGAAAUUUCACAUUUUUAAGUAGUUUGAAUAAGAUUCUAUCUUAGCUAUAAUAUUUGUAAGAAAUAACUUUGCAAAGGAAAUGCAAACCCUUUAUUAUUCCCAGUCUUUUUAUAACUGACUUGGUGUAGGGUUCCCAUUAAAUCCAAACAGCAGUACACUAUGAAUGGUUGUUGCCUACUCUUUAGUCUUCUGUGGUUGCAAAACUAAAAGAACUUAGAACUGAUAGGUUUUUAUGUGAGCAGUUUUAGAAUUCUGCCACUGAUAUAUAGAACUCUGUAAUUUUAAAAAUUUACCUCUAUAUCUCUGUUUUUCAGUCAUACCAGGUUUCUCAAACGUUAGCCAAGAUCACUAUUUUAUUCAUGCCUACUUGGUUUUCAGGGAUCCUAUGAACUUUUAUGAGGAUAUUUCUUCAUUUUGAGGAAAUACCUAACUUUGAGGCAUUCACUUUUGUAAACCGCAAAAGUGCCUUACAUUCACGUGUACUUCAUGAGUAUUUAAAUUAUUGCCCAGUGCCAAUACUGUAUACUGUAUAUAUGUGUGUGGUAUCUGUUGAAAUGAUUCUUGCAAUUCAGAAAGUUGGAAAAUAGAAAUAUAAAUGAAUUUAUGGCAGCCCAUUGAUUGGGGAAACUUUAUUACAGCACCACCAGUUAGGCGAGACAUUUUCAUCCCUUCCCUCAUAUAUACUCUCUCAGGAUUAAUCUUCCACUCUUCAUUCUUUCCUCUUAUCUCUCCAAAUCUGUGUGAUAGAUAAGUAAGAAGGAUGUGUAUUUUGACUGAAAGGAAAAACUUCUGUUUUCUUCUUUUUCACUUCAAGCCUCAGUGAUUACAUUGUCUGAGCUACCUCAACCAUUAAUUUGAAAGGCUACACCAUCAACUCAUGUUCAAGAAGUAGCACAUCCCAGGUAGAGACUAGGCAAUUAUUUGACACUUGGGAUGAACAUAUUGAAAGCAUUUAGAAAUCAUUCACAGAAGAAAUUAGCCCUAAUGGUUCUUCAUAACAACUGAUUCCUCCAAGAAAUGUGACACACAGGAUAUUUUUCUGUUCCAUCGCAAGACUAUUAAGAGAUGGAAAAUUUUACAAUUCUCUAUUUCAUAAACAGUGAGAUUACAUAUAUACUAAGCUGUGAAAGACUGAAAUUAUAAAAAUAACUGUCCUCAUUAAAGCAACCCUCAUUCCAUUUGAGUCUAUAUUAUACCCCAAAAAAUAUAAGUGAAAAAAGUUAUUGAAAGUGUUUUGAAUGUGCAGGUUAUUCUGUUUGUAAAACAUUUUAUAUUUAUAUCAAUAGGGUUUUGUUGUGUAAUACUGAUAUAAUAUUUAAAAGUUUUGUGUAUUUCUGAGAUAAGAAAAUGUAAAUUAAUAUUAAAAUAUUUUAAUGAGUU